AUAUCUUCUAUAAAAGUGACACAUAUAAAUACAGCUAAGAUCACCAUUAAUGUUGAAGCUGAAUAAUUCCAAUACUUUCAUAUAUGAGCCAAAAACUGUGGGGCAAAAUCCAUCUCCAGCAAAUUCUGUGCUGCUCCAAAUCUUCCUCUCCUUUUUUUGCUUCUUCAAGAAUCAACAAAAAGCCAGAUAAAAUGUCUUCAUUUUCUUGUUCUUUAUGAAGCCAAAUUCAUCUCAAGAAUCACACAUAAAUUAGAGUUUGAUGCUUCUUCAAACACCAUCUCAUCUUGUAGGGCAUGAUGAAGGAUUUCCCAUCUUGUUUUGGUGAAAAUGGAGUUCAAGUUGCAGAUUCAUCACCAUCAACCACAAACAGAGCUCAGAAUCUUGUUGCCUGCAUCUACCAAUACCACUCUCAGUCCUUCUCUGGCUUCAUCACAGUCACAUGGAUCAAGAAUAUCAUGGCCCAGGCAUUGAGCAUCGCGGUCGAGAACUCAGCCAACGACAGCCUAGGCAAAGUGGACAUAAGGCCAUGGCUCUUCUCAAAGAGAAAAGGGUUCAAGAAAAUGGUGGUGGACUCAACACAAGUAGACAUCUAUUGGGACUUAUCCUCUGCCAAAUUUGGGUCAAGCCCGGAACCCUUAGAGGGAUUCUAUCUAGCCAUAGCCCUAAAUCAAGAACUAUGCCUUCUUCUUGGAGAUUUGCAGACUGAAGCCUACAAGAAGAUUGAUCCAUCACCAUUUGCCUCAAAGGCAACUUUUCUUGCUAGGAAAGAGCACAUUUUUGGGAAGAGAUUGUACAAUUCCAAGGCGCAGUUUUGUGGGAAGGGGCGUGUGCAUGAUAUAAGGAUUGAGUUUGAUCCAAAUGAGAGCUUUGGGAAAUGUUUGACUAUGUUUGUGGAUAGGAAGGCUGUGUUACAAGUGACUCACCUUCAAUGGAAGUUUAGGGGCAACCAAACGAUCUUUGUGGAUGGAGUUUGUGUUGAGGUGUAUUGGGAUGUUCAUGGCUGGCUCUUUGAUAGCGAGGCGGGUAGCGCCAUCUUCUUGUUUAGGACGCAGGUGUCGGGGGCGAAGGCCGGGGGUGGGCGGCCGCCAUUGGAGCCCUCAGCCUUGGGAUUGAAGGAUUGGCAAAGAUGGAAAGAUACACCUUCACAUAGUCAUGGUUUUUCACUUGUGUUGUGUGCUUGGAAGAGUGAAUAGCGCCUACUUUUGUGUUUGUUUAUUGUGGUAUAGGGUUUUUUGUGGGGAGAGUUUGAUUUGAGAGGAUGCUUGGUUGUUUUUAUAGCCAAUUGAAAUAUUAAUGUUUGUAGAAUGUUAAUUUAACUCGAAAUCGAUGAGUCAACUCAAAUAUUGAUCGAGAAAAAAGGGGAUUAGGGUCGAAAUUAUUAAGUCCAAAUAACACGAACCGAAAAUAAGUCGAAAUUGAAUGAGCUGAUUCGAUUAACGUCCCUAAAUAUUGGUGCGUAACAAGGGGACUCUAUUUCUUAUCGUCGUAGGGUACAAGAUAGUUCAUAUCAUUACUAAUUUAAGAUACAUGAGAGUGAACAAGUUUCUUAUGGUUUGAUUUGUCCAUGCAUUAAUACUCUCGAGAAUAAAUAUGGAGUGAUAAAUGAAGAAUUCAUUUAACUGAAAAUUAAAGAAAUGAGACCCCAAAAAUACCCAUUUUUGAAAUACAAGAAAUAACCGCCUUGGUAGUAUGAAAUCAAGAAACUCUCCAAUGGCGCUGCUAUUCUUCAUCUUGGCCGAGAUUCUCCUCUCCUCCACGGCGGCGGCCCCACCAUCCGCCAACAUCACCAACAUCCUCUCCACCCUGGGUUUCCACGACCUCUCGGCCGCAGGCGGCGCCGCAAAUCUGUCGGGCGCCACCCCCACGACCGUCUUCGCCCCCACGGACAGCUCCCUCCUGACAUGCCGAUCCUGCUCCACCGCCCUCCUCCUCCAAGAACACGCCGUCCCCGGCCUCUACCCCCUCCACUUCCUCCGCCGCCUCGCCUUCGGCACCAAGAUCGAGUCUUUCGCCGCCAACCGCUGCCUCACCGUCACCGCCUCCGCCUCCUCCACGGCCAGAAAAGUCUUCAUCAACGGCGUCGAGAUCGCCAAGCCCGAUUUCUUCAACAAUGGCCUCGUCGUCGUCCACGCUCUUCAGGGCUACGUCUCCCACCUAUCCCCGCUAUCUUGCGCCGUCGAGACCAUGACCACCCUAUCCUUCCCUCAGCAGCCCCCGCCCGCGGCCUCGUUCUCUAUCAUGCGCCUCAUGCUAAAAGACGCCAUGCGCGGCCUCCGCAUUGGCGGCUACAGCAUCGUGGCCCUCGCUAUUCGCCUCAAAUUCGCCCAGCUUUUGGACCUCAAUUCCCUCACCCUUUUCGCCAUUGAUGAUGUCUCCGUCUUCGUCGACGGCGGUCGCGGCGGCGGCGGCGGCCAGAUGUACGUGGCGGAGAUGGGCUUCCACAUUGUGCCCAACAGGCUGCUCACGGCCGCCGAUUUGAUGAGGCUGCCCAAUGGCACGGCGCUUCCCACCAUGCAACGUGGCCGGAAUCUGGUGGUCACCAGCGCCGGCGGCGGCGGCCCGCUGGCGCCCAUGCGGAUUAAUUUCGUCAAACUGGAUAGGUUUGAUUUGCUGGUUAAUAAGAGGAUUGCUGUUCAUGGACUGACGACGCCGUUCCGCGACGUCCAUCGUCAGUGGUUUUCCGGCCAUCAUUUGGGUUCUGUCGCGGCCGGAGUUCCGGUUAUGCAAUAGUUUCCCGCCCAAUAUUUGGACAAUUCAAGAAAUGGGUAAAUACAGCAUAUGUAGAUUUUGAUUUUUUGAUUACUUGUUGCGAGUUUGAGACCAAUUUCAAAUUUGCUAUUUUGUCACACUUGUAGAUAUGCUUUGUUGGUUUUAUUCCAUUUCAAUUGAUUGAGACCAUGUCUGUGCUCUAGUGGUGCCAUUCCUUUUUGUUUUUCCCCAUAUUAGUAUGAUACCUGAGCAAAACAGGACAUUUUGUUGAUUUAAUAGUACUUCUGUUUGAAUUCAUUUUUAUAAACAAGUAAAACCCCCUUUUCUUUGUUUACUCUUAAAAAAAAAAAGCUGUUGUUAGUUUAAUCAAACAGUUAUAUUAGUGUAAGACAUGAAAUUCGCUUUAACAAGUUUUAAGCCUCAAUAAGAUUUCAAUAAAUAUGUAUAUACUACGAUGGUUACAUUUACACCCCUACUUUAAUAAGAAAAUGGUAGUUAGCAGCAACAACUGCCAGCACACACCAAUGGCCCCAGCCUCUCAUCUACUUUCUCAUUGAAGAUUGAGGCCGUAAUUAUAGUUUAAUAAAAGAGUAAUCUCUAAAGCAUUCAAAAUCUAGCUGUGGACAGUAAUUGGUGGAAUCAACUCCUUGAAUCCCUUCAUCAAGCCGAGCACUACGCUUUUAAGAAAUCCAGAAGCUUUCAUUGUCCGAGAUCAAGAAUCUGGCAUCCUUUAGAUCACAGGAAUAGCUGAGAUUUAAUUAUCAGAUAACCAGUUUCCUAAAGCAGCUGGAUAACAGUGAUGAAUUUGACCUGAAUCAAAGUGGGUUAUAAUUUAGAGCAAGAAUAUACAACAAGAUCCAAGAGACAGUAUAAAAUAUUAGGCCUUUCAACAAGCAUCUAUAUCAUCCUAAAAUGGCAUGCAUGAAAAUCUGUUAUGAUGGAUGUCAGAUGGUCUCUGGAGGAUUUUAAACUUCCUACAAUUGCUAUUUCUUCCACUUUCUGCCUCGAAAGGAAAAUCCAUAAAAUGACAUGCAUAUAAAUAAAUCUAUUUCACCACUUGAGUACCAUUGCUGAAAAACUUUUCAUGGUCGAACUUUCAACACUAAAUGCUUGAUUCCACUAGGCAUACAAACCUGCCAGACAUGAGCAUCUGAUAGGCAGUCACUAGUGGCACUACACAACCAUUGAUUUAUCGGAAGAGCCAAGUCCGGCGUACAUUCAUGUUCCUGUAUGUAUCUUAACAUGUCCUACAUGUUGUGUACAAAUUUAGGUACUCUGCCUCGAGAAGCAGAUAGCAUAUCCAAUGUGUCCAGUCAGGACAAUGUUAGCUUCCCCAAGCCAAAUUAAUAUUUAUAUGCGACUUCUAUUAUUAAACAAAACAUCAAGUAAAAUGACCAUCUAAUUACGAUGAAAUGAGCAAAGACCACAUAGCUGACAGGCAAGGCAA